AUGGAAGAUACACCAAAAAUUCGACAACUACGUUCCUAUCUAAAUUUAAAAGCUCGUAUAACGGCUUCUGAUGAACGUUUAUUUUUUGGAACUUUUAUGUGCAUAGAUAAGCAUAAAAACAUUAUUUUGGCACAAACUGAAGAGUUUCGAGGAG